AUGGAAAGAGGAUGUUUGGCACCUACUUCCGGGUUGGUUUUUAUGGAACUAAAUUUGGAGACCUGGAUGAGCAAGAGUUUGUUUACAAGGAACCCGCGAUAACCAAGUUAGCUGAAAUUUCCCAUAGGCUCGAGGGAUUUUAUGGAGAACGGUUUGGUGAAGAUGUGCUUGAAGUGAUUAAGGACUCAAACCCUGUGGACAAAUGUAAACUCGAUCCUAACAAGGCCUACAUUCAGAUCACCUACGUGGAGCCGUACUUUGACACGUACGAGAUGAAGGACAGGAUAACUUACUUCGACAAAAACUACAACUUGCGGCGCUUCAUGUACUGCACACCCUUCACGCUGGACGGCCGGGCUCACGGCGAGCUGCACGAGCAGUUCAAGCGCAAAACAAUCCUGACCACAUCCCACGCUUUCCCGUACAUUAAAACCAGGAUAAACGUCAUCCACAAAGAGGAGAUCAUUUUGACGCCCAUCGAAGUUGCCAUAGAGGACAUGCAGAAGAAAACACAGGAGUUGGCUUUUGCAACCCACCAAGACCCUGCGGACCCAAAGAUGCUGCAGAUGGUGCUGCAGGGAUCAGUAGGUACCACAGUAAAUCAGGGACCAUUAGAAGUUGCGCAGGUUUUCUUGUCUGAAAUACCCAACGAUCCAAAGCUCUUCAGACAUCACAACAAGCUACGGCUCUGUUUCAAGGACUUCACGAAAAGGUGCGAGGACGCUCUGCGCAAGAACAAGAGCCUGAUCGGUCCAGACCAAAAGGAGUAUCAGCGAGAACUUGAAAGGAAUUACCACCGGUUGAAGGAAGCUCUGCAGCCCUUGAUAAACAGAAAGAUCCCACAGUUGUACAAGGCGGUGCUGCCGGUCACUUGCCACAG